AUAAUAUUCAGACAUGUUUUCUUUUAUCAGAACAGCUUUGAGACGAUAGAGAAAUGGCGAAAAUGAAAUCUGGAGAGAGGCUAAAUCAGAGACAGAGAAAAGGGUUCUGGUCACCUGAAGAAGAUGAGAAGCUAAGGAGCUACAUCCUCUCUCAUGGCCAUUCUUGCUGGACCGCUGUUCCCAUCAAAGCUGGGUUGCAAAGGAAUGGGAAGAGCUGCAGAUUAAGAUGGAUUAAUUACUUAAAACCAGGGUUAAAGAGGGAGAUGAUCACUGCUGAAGAAGAAGAGAUCAUCUUGACCUUUCACUCUUCCUUGGGUAGCAAGUGGUCGCGGAUUGCGAAAUACUUACCGGGAAGAACAGACAACGAGAUAAAGAAUUACUGGCAUUCUCAUUUGAAAAAAAGAUGGCUCAAGUCUCAGAGCUCACAACACACAACAUCUAUUUCCUCCUCUUCCUCUGAAUCACCUGUUGCUUGUGGAAAAAGAAACCCGGAAUCAAUGGUGUCGGAUCACGUGAUCUCCUUCCAGAGACUUCCAGAGAACAAAUCUUCAUCUUCAUCAGAAGAAAGCAACAGCAACAUCAGCUAUCCAUGUUCUUCUGGUCUUGAGAUUCCAAGGCUUUUCUUCUCUGAGUGGUUUCCUUCUUCAGAUCCCCAUAUCGAUUAUUCCUCUGAUUUGACAGACUCUAAGCACAGUCAAGCUCCAAAUAAUGAAAGAUCUGUCUCAGAUUAUGAAGAAGUGGAUGAUGGUGAUCAAUUCCAUUACAACGAAAUGUUGAUGAACGACAGCAACUGGACUCUUAACGACGUCGUGUUUGGUUCGAAGUGUCAGUAGCAGGAGCAUAAAUUUGAUAGAGAGGCAUCAGAAUAUAAUUCUUCUGGUGAUUUCUUUUCUUCACCAACAGCGACGUAAAUUACGUCU